AUGCUGCGCACGCGAGCUGCGGCCAACUCAAAGCAUGCCCUUCAAUAUGUCCAGCAGGCUGCCGAAAGAAUCCAGCUACCGUGGCUGUGUCCCGUCCUCGUUCAGCCAUACAAUGCGAGACAUCAGCACAGAUCAAUGACCACACGUCCCACGGUGGCGCGCUCAAAAACAUUGCCUGCACCCAUCACCCAGUCGAGACAUCUGGCCUCCCCAGCAUCCGCGCCCGAGAACUUUGACCGCAGCGAUGAUUAUAUCCCUUUCACCUAUGGCAACCGAGACUAUCCCAUAGCCCAAACCUCGCAUCGAUCUGCGACCAGUGACCUCUCUCCUUUUGACCUCUCCCAGAUAUUGAUGCUCGAUGCCGCGGAACUUGUCGAAGACCACCUCGAGAAUAAUGCAGGAAACAGCAAGUUAAGGAACAUUGAUGAAAUUGAGGCCACCCUGGAUGCCUGUCUGCAAGUGCACCGAUGGGACCGGGCAUUCACACUUCUGUCGCAGAUGAGCCUUUUCUGCCAAAACAAUUCCGCUCGGUUGCGGAACUCAUUCAAUCGCGUUCUUGCGGCCAUGGUGGAUGACCUGAUAUGGAAUCGCAAUGCUGAUCAUGAAAAACGAAUAAACGAAUGGAUUGAGGUGCACAUGAGAAAAGCGGAGCUGGAACCAGAUGCUCAUACAUUUGCGCUAAAAUUAAAGGUGGCUCUGGAGACCUUGAUCGGAUCCAAACGAGACCGGACAGUGCGCCGCUAUUGGGAUAUGACCAAACGGUACCAGUUGGAAAGCAAAGUACUGAGCCUGCGAGAUGUUCUGGAUGAUAGAGAUCUUGGGAAACUCUCUCAAAUCUGUACAAUUGAAGUCACUCCCCGUCAACCUGAGCAAUCUGGGGACACCUCCCGGGGGGACUCAGUGACGACCAGACCAAACGAGAAAGAGCGGUUCCAUGUUCGGGAAACAGAGCAGAAAGGGUUGGGCCUCUCCUCGCUCAAACGCUCGCUGUCUCUCUUUUCUGGACAGAUAGAAAACACUGUUGAAUCAAGGUCGGAGGAAGAUCCCCUCAUACAACGACAACGCCGAUUGGAGAGAGAUGCAAUACAGUCCGCCCUCGACCGAUGGAAGGCCGAAUUCCAGAAAAGAGCUAGCAUAGGGAUCCUGCCGGCUGAUCUCGCCCAUGGCGAAAUUGGAGCUUUACUUUGGCAAUGGCAUGAAAUAAUGGCCGACAAGAUCAAGCAAGAGAUCAAGCUAGCUAGGGAAGAGGAUCAAUUGCCCGGUCCAAAGUCAGCACAACAGAAGCUCCGAGCCGAAUGUUCACCUUUCCUUGAGCUACUUCCCCCGGAGCACGUGGCGGCCGUCACUUCCAUCGCCCUUGUGCAGAUCAUGAGCAAGGUCGGCGCCUCGAAGUCGGUCAAGCUGGUAAGGCUAGUCACCUCACUCGGUCAGACUCUCGAAAACGAAUAUAACGCGACAAAUAUCGAUCGGGAAAAAAAGGCUGUGCGCAAAGCCAAGAGACAAGGGAUAAUUGGGUCUCCCUUCGAGUCUGAAGCAACCCUGUCCUCGCAUCUGCAUAGGCGUUCGUCCCACCAUGCUGCUCGACCGUUCGUGUACAACAAAGAGUGGACCAAAGCAAUACAUGGAAAGGUUGGCGCUGUACUUUGUGAACUUAUGUUUGAGACUGCCAAGAUUACAAUCACGAGAAAGGAUCCAACCACCGGAGCAGUGCUUUCGAUGCCUCAACCUGUUUUUCUCCAUUCCACUGCCUACCAGAAUGGCCGAAAAGUGGGCAUGGUCUCCCUACACGAAGAUUUUGUCAAGCUCCUCGUUAGCGAGCCCGCAGAACAUCUCAUUGCGAAGCAGUUGCCCAUGGUGUGCCCGCCAAAACCCUGGAAAGGUUUUUACGAUGGAGGAUUUCUGGAAUCUAAGCAACCGUUUCUGCGAAUCAAACAAAAUGAAACUGCACAAAAGGAUUACGGCAUCGCUGCAGCAAGCCGAGGAGAUCUAGAUCAACUUUUUGCUGGUGUUGAUGUCCUCGGCAAGACCGGCUGGCGAGUCAACAAGGAUGUGUUCGGCGUAAUGCUCGAGGCUUGGAAUAGCGGAGAACAGGUCGCCAACCUCCCGCCUCUGAACAAAGUCUUUCCUGAGAUUGAACGGCCCGGCGAGAAUGCCACACAAAAGGAACGCUGGGAGUGGUUCUCCAAGAUGCGCGCAAUGGACAACGAAAGAACAGGUAUCCACUCAAAUCGUUGUUUCCAGAAUUUCCAGAUGGAAAUCGCAAAGGCAUACCUAGACGAGACGUUCUAUUUGCCGCAUAACAUCGACUUCCGUGGGCGAGCCUAUCCUAUCCCACCCUAUCUCAAUCAGAUGGGUGCCGAUAACUGCCGAGGGCUCUUAUUGUUCGACAAAGGUCGCGAGCUGGGCACUGACGGACUACGUUGGUUGAAAAUUCAUCUCUCUAAUGUCUACGGCUACGACAAAGCCAGCUUGUCUGACCGUGCCCAGUUUCCUAUGGAUCAUCUUGACGAUAUUUAUGACUCUGUUAAGAACCCUCUGAGCGGAAGACGAUGGUGGCUCACCGCGGAGGAUCCGUGGCAAUGUCUGGCCACUUGCUUUGAACUGACCAACGCUCUCGAAAGUCCCGACCCCACGAAAUUCGUUUCCAGACUGCCAAUACAUCAAGAUGGCUCCUGUAAUGGAUUACAACACUAUGCUGCCCUUGGUGGAGACCUCGCUGGGGCCCGACAGGUCAACCUGGAACCAGGUGACAAGCCCGCCGACGUUUACAGUGGUGUUUGCGAACUGGUCAAAGCUGAGAUCAGAGAAGACGCUGCCAAGGGAGACUCACUGGCAAAGAUGCUUGACGGCAGAGUCACACGGAAAGUAGUCAAACAGACUGUCAUGACCAACGUCUAUGGAGUCACUUUUCUCGGUGCAAUUCGGCAGGUGCGAAAACAAGUGGAAGUCCUGAUCCCAGAAGUUGAGGCUGCUGGGCUCUCAGGUAAAGCAUCGACCUAUAUUGCAAGAAAGAUUUUCAGAGGUCUUGGUGCACUGUUCACAGGAGCCCAUGAAAUCCAGUACUGGUUGGGGGAUUGCGCCAACCGAAUCAGUUCCUCGAUAUCUCCAACGCAGCAAGAAAAAAUUUACGAAAAGGAAACCUCUGGCGGUCACAAGACCAAAGAGCGCCCAGGUCGAAGCAAAGCUAAGGUCAAAGAGGUACUAGAAUCUGCAACGUUCCGGUCACCAGUCAUCUGGACCACGCCUCUUAAACUGCCGGUGGUGCAGCCGUAUCGCAUCAACAAGGGAUUGACAAUCCAGACUAAUCUACAGAGCAUCACACUAGCCCAGCCGAGUGUUGCGGAUUCUGUAAACAAGAGGAAGCAAUUGCAGGCUUUCCCUCCUAAUUUUAUUCACUCCCUCGAUGCCACGCAUAUGGUUCUCUCGGCAUUGAAGGCAAACGAACUUGGACUCAGCUUUUCUGCCGUCCACGACAGUUUCUGGACUCAUGCCGCCGACGUCAAUUCUCUCAACGAGCUUUUGCGAGAUGCUUUCAUUCGGAUGCACAGCGACGACAUCAUCGGGCGGCUUGCGGCUGAGUUCAAUAAGCGAUACGAUGGACAUUUUUAUUUGGCACAAAUCAACAAGUCUAAUGUUCUUGGGAAGGCCAUCACCGAGUACCGUAGGCAGAUGAUUGCAGAAGGCGUCUUCCCUGCCGGCAAUGGGUCAAAGAGCAUCCAGCAAAGACGGCAUGCCGAAUUGGUCCGAGAAAUCCGAAAGAAGAAGUUGAUGGCAAGUGACGAUCCAAUACAGAAGGAAGAAGGUGAAACAAUGGUGACAGCUGCCAGUCUAUAUGAAAAAUAUGACGGAGAUAAAUAUCUGUUCCACCGAGAUUCUUUGGGAGAGACGGCGAUCGGCGCAAUCCCAGAGACAAUGGAGUGUGCAAAGGGAGAGAUUGUGGAUGCGGCCCUCAAGGCGAGCGAAGUCUCCGACGAUGUCGACCUGGCAAGCACGCUAGAUCCCCUGAGAGAUUCGGUCGCCAACGAUAACGACGAAGAUAUCAUCGACGCCGGAAAUGCCGGCAACAUGAUGCACAAAGCUACCACAUCCGAUCCCAUUUCAAAAGCACACCACAUUGCUGUAAAUUCCUUUGGGCAGAGGCUCCGGACACAAAAGAAGAAAACCGGCCAGAAGAGCCAGAAUAACCAAAUUUGGCUGUGGUUGCCAAUCAAAUUCCGGCCUGUGCCAAAAAGGGGUGACUUUGAUGUCAAGAGGCUGAAGGAUAGCACUUACUUCUUUUCAUGA